GGCUUUGCACUGGAUGAAGAGCGACCCGGCAAAGGUGGUGCGGAAUGUGCGAGGGCUGCUCAAGAAGGGCGGGCGGUUCGUCGCAGAGUUUGGCGGUCACGCCAACAUACAGUGCAUCGUCGACGCACGUAAGCCAGUGCGAGGGAGGGAUGGGGUGACUCGAUGCCAUGCUGCCUUGUUCGUCGUUCAGUGAAGGAGGCGCUGGCUGCCCGCGGGCACUCCGACUUCGACAGCCGGCACCCGUGGUUCUUUCCCACAGCCGAGGAGUACACGGCCCUGCUGGAGGCGAAUGGCUUUGAGGUCCGGUCAUGUGUGCUGAUCGACCGGCCGACACCCCUCCCCACAGACGUCGCCGGAUGGUACGGAUGAAUGGAUGUGGACGCAGCCAGGCCGGCAGAGACGCGGUGGUCAUCUAUGUUGGUUCUCUGUGGUGCACUGCAGGCUGACGACGUUCGGUGAUUCUUUCUUCGAAGGUAUAAGCGGCGAUGAGCGCGAGGCUAUGCAGCAGGAUGCCCAGGAGCGGGCAAAGGGGCGGCUGUAUCGGCCUGUGAGUGACGAUGUGUUUGGCCGGUGGGAGGGGGAGCUGACUGGUGACGAGAAGGGGAAUGUGUGGUUGGCUGACUACGUCCGGUGUAGGGUGCAUGCCGUGGCAAUCACAACCUGA